GUCACUUGAAACAAGGACAGAGAUUGCUAUAAAACUGACAGGUACUCUCGCUGACACCACAUUAGCACACACAAGACGGCUCAGGCACAGAAGGAGUUUCCUGCACAACGCAAGCGACCAGAGCAAAACGACAAUGACUGUCCUGUGUGACACGGCCAUGGUCAAGUUCCUGCUGCUUUUGACAUUGUGGCUCACCCUCCUGGGGGAGGUGGCAGCUCAUAAACCCCCCAGAACUAGUGAUCCUGGCCUCUGCCCGCCUCUGGAGGACCACAUUGUGAGGGUUGACAUCCGUAUCCGCAGGCAGAACCAGGGCGUUUCCUUCUCACGCAACCUGCAGAACCGCUCCAUCUCCCCCUGGGAUUACAACAUCACCCGGGACCCCAACCGGUUCCCCUCUGAGAUUGCGGAGGCCCAGUGCAGACACAUUGGCUGCAUCAACGCCGAGGGACAGGAAGACAGGACCCUGAACUCCGUCCCAAUCCAGCAGGAGUUUCUGGUCCUCCGGAGGAAGCGAAAGGGCUGUCCUGGCUUGUUCGUACUGGAGAAGGUGCUAGUGACCGUGGGCUGCACCUGCGUCACCCCCAUGGUCCGCUACCUGCAUGACCCGAUGGCAGAUGGGGUGGCAGAUCAGCUCAACUGAAGAAGCUGAGGAAAUGCCCCUUCUUAGCCAGCACUCUGUCAUGAGUCCUACGUGGUUCCCAUUUCUCUCCACUUCCCAGGUCUCUUCAUAAUAUCUGCCCUGGAUUCUCCAGGCUUUGUAUUAGAUAGAGUCAUUUUCUCGGGCUUCAGCAUCUUUAUACGGUCCUGAGAUGUUCCAAUGACCCAACCCCCUAAAAAUAGUUGGAGGAGAAUACAGGUCCCAUUCUGCUUAUGUGCUAUGAUGACCAUCUCCCUGGUCAUGCAGUCAGUGGGUUGGGGGCUCUGCUAGCAAAACUGACUUCUGGGUCACAAGUGCUACAGAUAUAUAACCACCAUGUAAGAGAGUGUGGGAGGGGCUGUGUAGGAUGGGGUGGGUGGGAAGGGUGGGGCUAAGGGCCUAGCACAUGUUUAUUAAAAUUGCUAAAUACAGAUGAGGUUGGCCUGAUAUUUAUACUUGUAAGGAAACUCUCCAGGUAUUUAUGAUGUAUUGACUAUACAAAAUUCUGGGAGAAAAAUUAAUAUAUCAAGGACUAAUAAAAUAAACUGUUAAUGGUUGAAAGACACUUGAGAUCUUUGUGUUCUGUCUCAGCUUGUAUUCACAAACCUUGUGAACCUGACGAUUGUGAAAUUCUAUAUAGCUGUCAUUUAUUUUUCAUGUUUCAUCAGAGUGCUAGUGUCAGAAUUACUAUUAUUAUUUGUGAAUGAUUUUGGUAAUAGCUUUUUUCCCCCUCCAGCUUGAUUGAGAUAUAACUGAUAAGUAACAUGGUGUAAAUUUCA